CUGCUGUUGCCGUUGGAGCAUGCAGGCCAGGGUGACAGCGUAGCGCACCAGAGGCGCAGAACAAGCGGUACGAGGAGUAUUGGAUCCAGUACCAGCAGGCCGCUCACCAGGCUCUGUACGCGACGCAGCGCGACAUGAGCAACAUGUACAACAACGCGUGGGAGACGGCGCGAGCGGUGUCUGCCAUAGCCACGGGCUCCACGGGCAAGGAGGACAAGUGGGGCGUGAUGAAGACAGCUGCUGGCAGAGCCGCGGCAUUGAUCUCGCAGGCCAAGGACGGCGAGAGCCUGCUGGGCGAGCUGCCCCCAGAGCUGGCCAAGUUCUUCGGCGGGGGCGAGGACGGCGACGCCAGCAAGAAGCUGCGUCAGGCGAAGGGCAGGGGCAAGGGAAAGGACACCGGCCCAUCGUGGUUCUGCUCCUGCGGGUUCUCCAACAAGGGCACCAACGAAGUGUGCGGCGGCUGGGGCCCGCUCGGCUGCAAGAAGCCGAGGCCGAGGUUGUUGGCGGUCGCCGGGCAAGUGACGGCGUGAGGCGCGCAGGGGGCCCUCGAAGUGGGGAGGCGCCGGUGGCGAAGAUGAGAUGGCCUGUCAUGCAGAAGGAAACGGAUGUGUAGGAGGAUCGGCGGCGCGCCAAGGGGUGGGAAGCGAGAAGGAGAAGGCCUUCCCAGAAGGCGGCGGGGCUUCUCAGAAUUGGGCGCCCGAGUUAUCCGGGGUAACUCGGGUCUGGGGUAACUCGGGUUUGGAUUCCCGAAAAAGGAACCCGAGUUAGCCCUGACCCGAUUUACCCCUGAUGAUUCGGGGCUCUGGACGCCCGAAUUAUCCGGGGUAAC